UAAAUCAGAUUCAGAUAGAUAUAUAGAUAGAUGGAUGGAUACAGAUGUAGUGAGAUUGGGCGAGGAUGGAGCGUUGCUGACGACGACAAGGACGUCGAUGGCGAGAGAGGAGAGAAGAGCGCGCGCGCGUCCGGUGAGACGUCGCCGUCACCGCGCGCUCCCACCAACCACUACUAAAACCCCCCCACGUAUCUCCUCCUCUCGACACGGUCUCUCGUGCUCUCCAUUCGAGCUCACGUAGUGGCUAAGUGUUUGUGUGUACAGUUGUUUGAUCAGCUCGCCAUUGCCAAUGCCAAUGCCGGAGUACGAGCUGGCGGCGUGCAGUCCGGCGUCGCCGUCGUCGUCGGCCUCGUCGACGUCGACGCCACCGUCGCCUGGGGGAGAGGCGGCGGCGAGGUGCGGCGAGAAGCGCGGGAGGGGCGGCGGUGGGGGUAGGCACCCGACGUACCGCGGCGUGCGGAUGCGGGCGUGGGGGAAGUGGGUGUCGGAGAUCAGGGAGCCGCGCAAGAAGUCGCGCAUCUGGCUCGGCACGUUCCCGACGCCCGAGAUGGCGGCGCGCGCGCACGACGCCGCCGCGCUCGUCGUCAAGGGCCCCGCCGCGGUGCUCAACUUCCCGGGCGCCGCCGCGUCCCUCCCGCGCCCGGCCUCCGCCGCCCCGCGCGACGUGCAGGCCGCCGCCGCGCGCGCCGCGGCCAUGGCGCUCGACGCCGUCGUCCCCGCGCCGCCGUCGCCGCCGCCUCCGUUAAUGCCGCCCCAGGCAUCGCCAUCAGAGGCGGCUCGCGCGCACGCGCUCGUUGCCCAGGUCGACCAGGACGACGACGACGAGGAGCUGGAGGAGAUCGUCGAGCUGCCGCCCAUCGACGAGCUCGACGCCGCGGCAGAGCUCGUGUUCGCCAGCAGCGGCGCUACGACGUUCCACUACGACCCCGCCGCCGACCAGCCGUGGUACGACCAGCCGGCGGCGUGUCUGCAGGACGGCGGCGGCGGCGGCAUUGCCGUGCACGACGCGCUCGGGUUCGAGCUGGACCAUGUCUGGGCGGACGGCGUCGUGGCGUCCGGCUUCGGCGCGCUCCUGUGGAACAUGUAGUACUACUAUACUACUAUCUCUCUCUCCUUUUUGACCUGUGAUUCUGUGUAUAUAUAUAUAGCUAGCCAGUAAUAAUCUUUGGCUUAUGGCUUAUGAGUUCUUUCUCUCUUUUUUGUUUUUCUCUGGGUAUUAAUUCAGAGGCAGGAUCUUCUGAAUAUGCUUCAUUUUCAUUUGACAAUUUUAAUAGCUAUAUUUAUAUGAUAUUACUAUGAGCUAGAUGGCUUGUUACUGGUGCCUGUCCAUUAUUAAUACAGACGCAUCAGUCAUCAGUAA